AUGAACGGUCUGCGUAUGAAAAAGAGUGAAUGGGCUUGUCGCAACAACAGUUCGAGACGACGCAAAAAUAGUGAGGUUACGCCUUCGGACAGUGUCAGUUUUUUGGAAAAAAAAGAGCUCUACCGCAAAAGAAAACGUUCAGAUCUCGGUGGUUGCUCGUCCGAUCCAUCACGUCGACAAUGUGUGCAUGUGCUACGAGAAUCGCGAGGAUUGCUCCACGUGCUCCGACUCCUCCGACAAAAGCGAUGUGAGGGCAAGUGCGCUCUGUGCACACUUUCGCACAGUUUUCAGAUUUUCGUGCUCGACUCGUCGGAAGAUUCGGAGCCGCGCCUACGCGGCGGUUCUUCGCCUGCUCUGUCGAGUUCCGACGACGGAUCUUCGCUUUUCGAGGAGAAUUUCGCUGGAAAAUUCGAUAAAUCCAUGGACUUUUCGUUUUCCGAUUUGAAUUCACACUCUCCGCGCGGCAAGCCGGUGAGAAGCGUUCGGUGGAGCGCACUUGCAUCGUCUCGUUUCAGAUUUGCGUAAAUCCGCCGCAAAACGAGGAAAUCGAGCGGAAAGCGACGGAAUUUCAAACAUUUGUGCACGGCGGAAAGCACACGCUUGCACAGAUUCGCACAAUGGACGAGUUUCACAGAUCUAUGGUCAGUUUGUCCUAAAAAUAAAGAAAAGUUUUAGUUUUUUCUUAUUUUCAGAUCGAAGACGAUCUGGACGCUCUUUCGCAAAGAAUCACAGCAGAAAUCUCGUUGGAAGACGCCCGAAUCGAACAGAUGGACCGGGCGAUCGGAGCGUUCAUCACCCGCAAACAUUUGAAGGAUUUGUGCGAAAAGGAGGUAGCCGAGACGCGAAAACUCUACAUGCACAUUUCUCUGGUAGGUCAUACACCAUUUGAGAAGUUUCAAAAAAGCACAAUAUUUUAGUUCGACGAAGACUUGAUGCGCUCGAAUUUGAAUCGGAUCGAAGAAUUGAAGGCGGGAAUGGAAUGGAGAACUUCCGAAAAUGACGACGUCUCCACUUGCCAAUCUUUUUGUGAGCAUGCUUUUGUUAACAGGUCCGGAUGACGUGUGAAUUCAAUGCACUUUUCUUUCAAUAAAAAAAAAUUCAAUGAUUUCAAUCAAAAACGGAUUUCCCAUCCCCAAAACUGUCAGAAUCACUUCUAAAAAGCCGCAGACUGAGUUCCAUUUUCGUUUUCGCCGUUUUUUGAGAAAAUGGUGCUUUCCGCUAGGGCAGAUCCGAGAAUCCGAAAAAAAGAACAAGGACACGUAGAUUUUCUGAUGAUUCUAUUCAACAAGAAACAAAGUGGAACAAAAUAAGAAGAACAUGAUCGAAAAGUGAUUGUGCCAAAACCUGUAGUCAAGUGGCGGGGAGGGAUUCACAAUAAUACCAAAGUCAAAGGCGAAACAAAGAAAAUUUUUACAGAGAAAUUCAACAAACAACUGGAAACAUGCUGACCGUUACACGACGAACGCGGCCUGGCGAUGAUAAGCUGCGAUUUUGUUGA